AUUCGCUAUGUUUCUUGGUAAUUGUCAUUUUAUGAUUUAUCACUAUUUUCCCGAUACGACAAUGGUCACUUGCGAUCGGCAUUACGCGUUACUCUUGGUGGUCGGUGCAGGGCGCGCGGUGAGGGCGCUGGGGGCGCUGUGGGCGCUGACAGUGCUGGCGAUGGUCGCGGAAGGCGCGGCUUUAGGCUCCUUGACGGCGGUGUUCGACGUGUUCUCUGAAGAUGUCAUCGAGAAGCAGAAGGCCAUGAACAGGGGCUUCAGCGAUAGCGACGGAGUCAUCGAGCUGCUGAGAGAAGAAUCCAGAUAUCCUUGGGAAGGAACCCGGCGAAGCCUAGCGCGACCGGCCGUGGAAGUGGGCCCCGGCGCUUUCAAGUCGGACCCGGUAUCGCUCUCCCCGCAAGCGCUCAAAAAACAACUCGAACAUCUCAUCCAACUUCAACAGAAACUUAACAAUAAAAAUAAAAAUUUGAAUCCUUAUACAUCUUUCUAUAAGGCCGGCCACGCAUCUGCAGUCCCUCUGGUGUACCGAAUGUCUACGGGCGUCGGUGGUCGCUUCGGUGUUCCCGCCGCUUCUUUACUCCCUUCUUUUAUAAAAAGACAUCAUGUUUAA